AAACAGAGUCGAUAUCUAAUAUUAAAACCAUUGCACUACGCCACUGCCAUUAUUACUAACACAAACGACACCACAAAAUUCACAAAUUUACGAUAUGUGGCGGAGGAGCUUCAGCAGCAGCAGCGGCAGCACCGCAUUGAAGGCCAAGAAAUGGGACGCGCUGAUCAUCGGCGGCGGCCACAACGGCCUCACGGCGGCCGCAUACCUCGCCCGCGGAGGCCUGUCGGUGGCGGUCCUGGAGCGGCGCCACGUCAUCGGCGGCGCCGCCGUGACGGAGGAGCUGGUUCCCGGGUUCAAGUUUUCGCGGUGCAGUUACCUUCAGAGUCUCCUGAGACCGUCCGUUAUCAAGGAACUGGAGUUGGAGAAGCACGGCUUGAAGCUUCUGAAGCGCAAUCCGUCGUCGUUUACGCCCUGUCUCGACGGACGCUACCUUCUCAUGGGGGCCGACGAACAUCUCAACCACUCUGAGAUCUCCAAAUUCUCGCUGACUGAUGCAGAGGCUUAUCCAAGAUAUGCGAGUCAGCUUGAGAAAUUCUGUAAGUUCAUGGAUCUAGUGCUGGAUUCGCCUCCGCCUGAAUCUGUGCAGCACAAAUCGUCUAUUAAUGAAAAAUUGAAGAAUAAAAUACAGAAUUCAGUAUUUUGGGCAAAUUGUCUGCGCCAGGUGUCUUCCUUGGGGCAAAAGGAUUUGGUGGACUUUAUGGACCUUCUGUUGUCCCCAGCUUCUAAGGUUUUGAAUAACUGGUUUGAGGCAGAUGUUCUGAAGGCAACCCUUGCAACUGAUGCUGUGAUAGGCAGUACAGCCAGUGUCCACACCCCAGGAAGUGGCUAUGUUCUGCUUCAUCAUGUGAUGGGAGAAUCUGAUGGGGAGCGUGGAGUUUGGUCAUAUGUUGAAGGUGGAAUGGGGUCAAUAUCCAAGGCUAUUGGGAAUGCUGCUAUUAGAGCUGGAGCACAUAUUGUAACCAAUGCUGAGGUGGCUGGGCUGUUGAUUGAAAACUCUAGGACUGUCUGUGGGGUGAUUUUGGCCGAUGGUACUGAAGUGCAUUCUUCAAUUGUUCUGUCUAAUGCGACUCCAUAUAAAACUUUUAUGGAAUUUGUGCCCAACAAUGUCCUCCCUGAUGAUUUUGUUCGUGCAAUUAAGCACUCUGACUACAGUUCUGCUACUACAAAAAUAAAUGUAGCAGUUGAUAAAUUGCCCCAAUUUCCUUGUUGCAAGUUAAAUCAUCCUCAUGCUGGCCCGCAGCAUGUCGGCACAAUUCAUAUAGGUUCAGAAAGCAUGGAGGAGAUUCACUCUGCGUGUCAAGAUGCAGUAAAUGGAAUACCAUCCAGAAGACCAGUUAUUGAGAUGACCAUUCCCUCCGCACUGGACAAAACUAUUUCUCCACCUGGUAAGCAUGUGAUCAACCUGUUUGUGCAGUAUACACCCUACAAACCAUUGGAUGGCGACUGGCAAGAUCAUGACUACAGAGAAUCAUUUGCACAAAAAUGCUUCACGUUGAUUGAUGAAUAUGCGCCUGGCUUCAGUACAUCAAUCAUUGGAUAUGACAUGCUGACUCCACCAGAUCUUGAAAGGGAAAUCGGUUUGACGGGUGGGAAUAUAUUUCAUGGUGCUAUGGGGUUGGAUUCCCUUUUCCUUAUGCGACCUGCAAAGGGAUGGUCAAACUAUAAGACUCCGCUUCAAGGGUUAUACUUAUGCGGAAGUGGGGCACAUCCUGGGGGCGGAGUUAUGGGAGCACCUGGACGUAAUGCUGCGCGUUUAGUUCUUCAAGAUGUUGGAGAAAGAACAUAAGUGGUGAUACCUAAUUAUGACUCUCGCUCAAAUUGUCAGUGCCUGUAAACAGGCUCGGAGGAAUUGGUAUUUCAUUGGAAUUAUAUGCAGUAACUUAUGCAAAAUUUGCAACGCAUUAGAUAGAAGAAUAAUGACAAUUAUUUAUCAAAUUGGAUGAGCAGCAUAACAAAUAUGCUAUAACUUGUAAUUUCUUUAAGAUAAUUUGCCGCUUGUUCAAUGCAUUGAUUCCAUUUGUUACUGCUUGACACGGGAAUUCUACGACUACGGUUGAUCAUUAAUUUUAAUGUGUAUUAAAGUAUU